AUGAUAAAUAGAGAUCAAGAUAGAUUCAGAUUAAAACCGCUAGGUAGCAAAGUUCAAACCAUAGAUAUAGAAGACUUUAAAAAUUAAUAACCCUCUUUUAAAACUAAACGUCCUACAGACCAAGAAUCUAAUACAUUAGGCAGAUAGGAUUAAAAUUUGCUUAGAUAAAAAUCCAGGAACACCUCAAAUUCAGAUGAGGAAGAUGAACAGAAAAAGAGAAAAUCUCAAUAAACUCAAGGCUCAUCAACCACAUAGCCAACAAGGGAGACGUUAGAUAAAGAAGACAAUAUGUAGAACUAGCAAAGGAAUAGUGCAAAUGCCAAUUCAACUGAGCAGCAAUAAAAAAAUAACCAAACAACACUCUCAAAUGGCAAUAACUCCUCUAAUAAUAAUAGUAAUAAUAAUCAAAAUUAAGCAUCCAACAAUAUGUCCAAUGAAAAAUUGACUAAGGAUUCAUUCGAAACCAUUUGUAAACUAGGAGAUGGCUCUUAUGGUAAGGUCUAUCUUGUACGCAAGAAAAACACCUUAAAGUAAUAUGCUAUGAAAUGCUUAGAUAAGGUUCAUAUAAUGAAACAUGAUAAGGUAAACAGUGUUCACAGAGAGAGGGAUAUACUUAUGAAUGCCAAGCAUCCUAAUAUAGUGCAUCUCGAGUGUACUUUUUAAGAUGAAGACAAUCUCUAUUUCCUUAUGGAAUAUGUUGAGAAUAAAAGUCUAAGUGAACUUCUGAAAGCUAUAAUGAGAUUUUAUGCUGCUGAGCUAGUAUCUGCUUUGGAGUUUUUACAUUCAAAGGGUAUAGCUCAUAGAGAUCUGAAGCCUGAAAACAUCAUGAUUGAUGGCAAGUAUCAUUUAAAAAUUACUGACUUUGGCGAUUCAAAAAGAUUCGACCCAGAAGAACUUGCAAAGGUUUAGGAAUAGCAGUUGAAGAAAUAAGUUAGUGUUGACUUUGAAAAUGAUGAGCCAAAGAACGUAAGAGGAACCUUUGUAGGCACUCCUUUGUAUGUGGCUCCAGAAAUGCUAGACUCUAAUACUAGUGGUCCAUUUACAGAUCUGUGGGCUUUAGGUUGCAUAGUGUAUUAAUUACUAACAGGUGAUGUGCCAUUUAAGGCAAAUUACGAUUUCUAAGUAUUCCAAAUGAUCUCAGAGAGGAAGUUAGUAUUUCCUAAGUAUCUUUCUCUAGAUGCCGUAGACUUAAUAGACAAGUUGAUGCAGCUAGAUCCUUAUCAAAGACUUGGAGCAGGCUAUGAGGGCUCUUUAAAUGAUUAUCAUGCCUUGAAGCUUCAUCCAUUCUUUAGAGGAGUAAAUUUUGUUAAGCUUUCAAAUGUCAGUCCUCCUGUACCAGCUGAGAGAUUUUAAUCAGCAUUCCUCAACGCUUAAAAGUAGCAAAUAAAAAAAAGUGAUCAACUUCCUUAAGGUAAUGAAGAUAAUGGAAUUGAUGGUCUGGUUAGUGACUUAUAAGGAAAAGACAAUCUGAAUUAGGGAUAUCCAAAGAAAUUUAGAGACUUUGAAAUGCUAGAUCCUAGAGAUGUUGAUGCUAUAUUGAAGUAGGAAUCUGAAAGCAUGCUUAUAAAGAAAGGUAUAGUUUUUAAGAAAAAGGGGGUAAUUAGCAAUUUGAAAAGAACUCUCAUCUUAACUAAUCAACCCAGGCUGUAUUAUAAAUCAGAGACUGGAGAAUACAAAGCAGAUAUAUUAAUCAGCAAUUAACUUCGAGCAAAUUAUAGAGCACCUGAUAGGUUUGAGAUAAUUUGUAAAAAGAGUGGCAAGUAUAUCAUUUUUAGAAUAGUAGGUGAAGAUGCUAGUGUCUGGGUUAAUAAAAUCAACAGAGUAAUAGAUACUCAUACUAAGUGA